AUGUUUUGUGUAUCGAUAAUCUUGAAUUUAUUCGGUUUAAUAUCGACUUCGUAUUUGGAGGUCGAAUCGAAUUUUAUGAAGCCGAAGUUGGAGCGUAAUAAUAUACUCAAUAAAGGUCUAUGGGUGAGGAAUGAAGUUUCAAAGCCCAGCACCAAUUCGUUCAUAUUUAGAGCGAAUUCAUUAGAUGCUGAUAACAUGCUGCAAAGUAAUUAUGACUUAUUCAGUGAUAAUUUUAUACAAAACGGACCAAUUGUGACGAGUUAUGUUGAGAGAAAUAAACGAUCUGCGUACAAUAAGAAGCAAAAACGAAGAGAGAAUAAUAAAAAAUGCAACGACGCAAAAUGCGCGAAAGAUAAUUCCGAAGGAGCUGCCAAUAAACCUGAUGAUUUAUUAAAAACAAAUAAAUUAAAACCAUCAGUUUUUAAUGACUAUCCAUAUGAUGUAUCUGAUAUAUUGAAUAAUGGAGUGUUGAAAGCAAUGGCUGACGGAGUACAACAGAAAUUCAUUAAUAAAGAGGAAGUAACUACUAUUUUGCCAAAUAUAACAAACCAUAAUCCAAUUAACGGUAAGAGAAGUAUGUCAGAAACAAAAGAUUACGAAACGAGGUUGAUUAAAAAACUUGAGUUUGUUGAACCAAUUAAUAAAACCGACGAUAAUGAUAUAAAUAAAUUAGAUCGUAGCGUAUUUGAUAGAGAAAAAGACAUUGUGUGGCACCAAACAGCGCCUAUUGAUGUAAAUGUCUAUAAAGUAUUGCCAAAAACAGACGAUUCAAUAAGAUAUAAGCCCAUAUCUGAAAGAGGUUUAAUUAAAGUUCUAUCAAUGCUAACAAAGACAUUCAAAAAAAUUAUGAAGCAACAUAACGAUAUUAAGGACAUACAUAAACAACUUCGCACCAUGAACGAAGACUUUAUGAAGAACGUGAAUGCAUUGAAUAAACAAUUCACUGAUUUCGACGCAAAAUACACUGAAAUUUUAAAAGUCAAUACAGAGUUGAAGAAAAUGGAGGAGAAACUAAAGACGAAAGAACAGUAUUUCAAUCAGAAAGAAAAGGAGUUCUCUAAGAAUUUAAUUGAUUUCGAAAACCAGCAAAGGAAAUUCUUAGCGCAACAGAAACAAUUUUACAGUGUACAGAAGUUAAUGCUUGAACAGAAUGAAAAAAUAAAUCUAAAACAGAACAUCAUUGCUAAGACACAGAGCGAAAUAUCGCAUAGGCAGAACAAUUUUGCACGAAUCCUAAAAAAAGCUAAGCAAAUCUAUUCCAAUAUGAAAGUUCCUCAAGGCGUUACACUGAAUUUAGGUAUUAAACCAAAAAUGUUCAAACCCAAACAAGAAUCGAAGGAUUCUAAUCCUACAUCGACACCUAGACCUACAACGAAGCCAGUUAAAAUCAAUCUAUUAAAUAUACCCGAAGCGCCACCCAUACAAAACUAUGACAGACUCAUACUAGACGAAAAAGAUUAUCAAAACAUCGACGAUUUAAUUUAUAAAUACUAUUUCAACAACACCUUCAUAGAUGACAUUAUGAGAAACAAAAUACUCGCGAGCCUUGGCACAUCUGAAAAGCGUAAUGCAUUGAUUAAAAAAAACAAACGAAACGAAGCCAUUGACAAAAGAACGACAAUUCUUUUACCAGUUAACAAAAUGGAUACGGACAAAGAUCUGACUCGGAAAAAUCUGCAAAGAGAAAGACGGUGGAUAAAACAUUCAAAGAAUUCGAAAAGAAAACUCGUAAAGACUGCACCAACAACAACUACUAUUAGACCUAAUAUUAAAAAUGUGGAAAAUAAAGGAAAUAUCGAUGCAUCCAAAGCCAAUCCGUUUAUUGUAAUGGCGACCAGUUUUUGCAAUGAAAUAGGACAAAAUACAAAUGCGCAAAUUUUAAGCUGGUGUAUAGAAAAAGCUUUACGUAGACUUCAAAUUAUGGAUUUGCAAACACACUCUCCUAUACAAGAUAUGUCAAAGACACAACUUCCGGCCACCGCACGCACCGUACCUGAAAAUUCAAAUUUUGUCAUGUUCUUUCCGGAUAAUGAUGAAUUGGAGUCAAAUUUGAAACAAUACGAGUUGAUACCCGACAACGAAGGAACUGUGUAUUUUGAUCGAAGUUUGCAUUCAAGUGACAUAGCGAAACUUACUAAUAGCGAAGGUUUCUCAGACAUAAUGCCAGGUCUGGACAGUAACUCUCGGGUUGAAGUGGACCCAAGGGCCUUUGAUUUUCAAGCAAGAAGGCGAGCCAAUGUGCAGAGGAUCAACGAAAGAAUUAUGAAGUUGAAAAUGGUUAGAAGAUAA